GUGCCGCAGUGCACGGCAUGAAGACGUAUCGCUGACCGUGUAAACCAAUGUCUGUUGAAUAUCCAACAUCCAACUUCAAGCUAACUUCACCGCGGUGAAAAACCGUUUCAUUCAGUUAUCAGCUACGCGUCAGCAAUGUCGUUUUAUUUUGAAAAGCUCAAACCGGAAAAUGUAUGCGUAAGUUAGCUGGCGGCUAAGGCUAUCCUGCUAAUCGUGUCCUCUUGCUUACGACCAGAGAGAACAGUUGAAACAUUCAGAUUUUGAGUGCUAAUGGAAACGACAGGCGUGUGUGAGCUGGAGCUGCCCAACAGGAGGAUUGUGAGUGGCAGCAAUGAUCCCCCUGACCUGGACAGCCCAUGUCAGGAGGAGGUUGCAGGCUUUCAUUUAGACUUGUGCUGCUCUGGAGAGAAGAGAGGAGAAACCCCAGGGAGAGAAGACAGUCCUAGUGACCUGGGAGAUGCAGAGCUGGACCACAGAGGAGAUGCUAAGGCUGGAGAGGACAAGGCUUUCGGGAAGGAGGUUGGUCUUCUGAUGCAAGCUCUGAAUGCUCUAACCACUCCAGAGGAGAAGCUAGCUGCUCUGUGCAAGAAAUAUGCAGACUUGCUGGAAGAGAGCCGCUGCAUGCAGAAACAGCUGAAAGCCUUGCAAAAGAAGCAAUCUCAGAUAAUAAAGGAGAAGGUCCAUCUACAGGGCGAUCACAGCAAGGCCAUCCUAGCACGCAGCAAGCUGGAGAGUCUCUGUAGGGAGCUGCAGAGACACAACAAGACACUGAAGGAGGAGAAUGCCCAGCGGUCCAGAGAGUAUGAGGAACAGCGUAAGGAGGCCAUGCUUCACUUUCAGAUGACCUUGAGUGACAUCGAAGUGCAGAUGGAGCAGCAUAGCUCACACAACUCCAAACUGAGGCAGGAGAACAUGGAGCUGGCGGAGAAGCUGAAGAAGCUCAUUGAGCAGUAUGAGCUGAGGGAGGAGCACAUAGACAACGUGUUCAAACACAAAGAGUUGCAACAGCAGUUGAUGGACGCCAAGCUGCAGAGAAUCACUGAGAUGAUGAAAGAAGUGGAGGAGAAGCAGCAGCGGGAGAGAGAGUUUCUGCUUAAGGACGCCACAGACUCGAGACACAAGUGUGAGAUGAUGAAGGAGCAGGAAGUCCAACUCAAACAGCAGCUCUCUCUCUACAUGUACAAGUUUGAAGAGUUUCAGACCACUUUGGCCAAAAGCAACGAGGUCUUCACCACCUUCAGACAGGAAAUGGAGAUGAUGACAAAGAAAAUCAAAAAGCUGGAAAAGGAGACGACUCAGUGGAGGACCAAGUGGGAGAGCAACAACCAGGCGUUGCUGCAGAUGGCAGAAGAGAAGACUCUGCGCGACAGCCACUUCAAGGCCCUGCAGGGGAAGCUGGAGCUGCUGGAGCGACUGUGCAGAGCUCUACAGAAAGAGAGGAACGACCUGAGCAACCGACUCAGCCUCCUCCAGGAGCAGGGAGACAACCGGACCUCCCCCCCCUUAGAUCAGCAGCAGGAGCCUUCGGCCAUGGACCAGGAGGAUCGGGAGGAGGAGGAAGACUCUGAGGAUUCAGAACAGAGUGAGGAUCUGGAGACUGGUGGCAUACAUGAAGUUCCCAAGUUGUCUGAGAUGGAAGCCACACAGGUUGCUACCAUGGAAACGGCUGCUGGUCCACUUACAGAAACCCAUGACUCGCCUCAGGACUGAGUCAUCUCACCUGGUGAGGCAGGUGUGGUGGACGGUCCAGCAGCGUCGGGCCAGAACAACACCGAAGAAGCUUUCCUUUGGCUUUUAUUAUUUUUUAUUCCUGUUUUCUAGAACCUGAUCUUUUCUGCGUUUCAUCCAAUAAAGUCAUGUUAAAGAAACGUCAUCCUUA